AUGAGGAAGACACUGUUACUUGUGUUCAUACAUGGCUUCAAGGGAGGCGAUGAUACUUUCGGUACUUUCCCGGAGCACUUGCGCGUUCUAGCCAGCAAAGCGUUGCCUGCAAUCGAGGUCGUUACGGCUGUCUACCCUAGGUAUGAGACUAAAGGCGACCUGAAGGAAUGCGUCGCGAGGCUGCGAGACUGCUAUCUUUGGCGAAGGCUACAAGAUACUGUGAUUGAUCUGGAAGUUGCCAACCAUACUGCAUCGCCCACUGUUGACCCCUCGGUUCACGUUGUUCUGAUUGGCCACUCAAUGGGUGGGAUUGUAGGAGCAGAUGUCCUGCUGCUAUUAGCAGCAGAGCAACCCAUUCUUCGGAAUCCAACCUCAGACAUGCAACCCGAGCCAAAACGUGGUACUGAGUCUAUCGUGGAGCCGGGCACAUUUAUGUUUCCCCAUGUCCAAGGAGUGAUUGCCUUCGACACUCCAUUUUUGGGCAUAGCCCCUGGGGUCGUUUCAUAUGGUGCUGAAGGGCACUAUCGCAAUGCAGCCACUGCCUACAAUACCUUUUCCGAGGUUGCAGGAUUGUUCGGUUACGGUGGCAAGGGCAAUGGAUCGGACAAAGGGGCUUCUUCUGCCGCUCCGAGUGAGCCUGCCAAAUCUUUGCCCUCUCCACCUGACGCUGCUGCAACACCUUCCUGGCAACGAUGGGGCAAGUAUGCCAUGUUUGCCGGUGCGGCGGGCGCUGUUGCCGCCGGUGGUGCAGCCAUGUACACGCAGAGGCAAAAGCUCACCGAUGGAUUUGGGUGGGUAUCAUCGCAUUUGGAAUUCGUCGGCUGUCUCGCUCGGACAUCGGAAUUGGAUCAGCGCCGCGUGCGUCUGUCGAGUGUGAAGGAGGAACGUGGAAUCGGAUGCGUGAACUUUUACACAUGUCUUGGAAAAGGAGCAACGUCUCUGGUAGAAAACACGUCAGCGAGCAAGACAUCUUUCAGCCAAAAGAUCAUAAGAGCAAAGAACAGGACAUUUUGUUCAUUGCCGAAGGAAGUGGAAGAGGGCGAGGAAUCACACAGCCCAGGACUUUUGUGGACAAAAGCCGUCAAUGACCAGGCUACUGAUGAGACCAGCGCACACACUACAAUGUUUUUAUCUAAACAAAAUCCUGCAUUUUUCAACAUGCUCAGUGAAGCUUGUGCGGUGCUUGUCAAGUCGAUAGACAAGGGCUGGUAUGAGUCGUCUACAGAACCAGCCAAGGAAGAUAUCCAGCCAACGGAAGUAGCACGGGACACUCACGCCAAAAAGGACGGGGAUCUCAUGGAUGGGGAUGACGUUGUGAUCGUUGACUGA